AUGUACGACUCUGACGAAGAUCCGGAGCGCCGACGCGACAAAUUUGCACGCGAGCGUCGCGACGAUGACAGAAGAGGUGGAAGUAACAACUAUUCUCGCUACGACAACAGUCAGAAGCGUCCGCCACCUCGACGUGAUGAAUAUCCAUCGAAAAGACCAAGAGAGGACGGUUAUGAGCCAUCUCCACGAAACGGCGAUGAGACGCCAGUUGAAGAAUCGAUUUAUAGUGGUCCGCUGCUCACAUUCAAAAAAUUCUUGCUAGGUCAAGACGAUGAUAUUACUGACGAGGAAGCGCUUAAAAAGUACAAUGAGUACAAAGCUGAACACAAGAAACACCAAAUGGAGCGUUUCUUCCGAUCCCACAAGGAUGAAGAAUGGUUUCGUCAGAAAUACAAUCCGGAAGAUGUGAAAAAGGUGCGCGAGGCGCAGCUCGCCAACGUCAACAAACGUCUCGAAGUGUUCAACGAGCUGAAAGAGUCGGGCCAGCUCGACACGUUCAGUCUUGAUUAUAACAAUGCCGAGAAGGUCAUUCGCACAAUGGAUGCGUUGGUGGUGAAGCUCGAAGGCGGAAGCGAUGAGGAAUUGAAGGCGGUGUUGACGCAAAAAAUCGAGGACGAGUCGGUGGCGGAGCUGAAAAAAGAGAAAACCGAGUCAUCGGAAGAGGAAAAAACGGCGACGAACGACACCGAGGCCGAAGAUGGAGCAAUCGAUGAGGGAAACGAUAAAUCUUCGAAAGUCAACAUCCACAAGACUUGCUCAGUCUUCCUGAGAAACAUUCCGCCGAGUGUGACCUAUGAAGAAAUUGAGGCUCUGUGCAAGCGUAGCCCCGGAUUUUUGAGACUCGCGCUGUCUGACGGAAUCGCCGAACGCAAAUUCUAUCGUCGCGGAUGGGCCACAUUCAAGCGCGACGUAAACAUCAAGGAAAUUUGCUGGAAUUUGAACUCUGUUCGGAUUCGUGACACCGAUUUGAACGGGAUUAUUAAUCGCGAUAUCACUCGCCGCAUUCGCACUUGCAACGGAAUCUCGGCACACAAAACGGUGGCGAUCAACGAUCUCAAACUCGCCGUCAAACUCGUCGCCCUUUAUGACAAACGCUUGGGAUUGUUCAACGCGGCCGACGAGACGCCGGAGGAUCGCGAGAAGGAUAUUCGAAUGGGUGUCGAUUUGGUGGCGGCGUCGACGAAUCCGAUACUCAAAGAGAUUCGCCAUCUCGUUCCGGACGAUGCUCUCGAAGAAGUGAGCCCCGAAGAGGCCGAACUGCUCGGAAUCGCGAAUUCGGUGCCGACGAAUGGCAAUUCGGAUGAGAAGGUCAAGUUUGAGAGAGAUGAGGCGAUUCUCAAAGCGCUCGACUUGAUUGUUCUAUAUCUUCGCUUCGUGCAUUCCGUUGACUUCUACAAUCAUGGCCACUAUUCGCAGGAGGAUGCGAUGCCGAACAGAUGCGGAUUGUUGCACGUGCGAGGCCAGCCACCAUCGGGCGCCCAAUUCGUCAACGAUGAAAGUGGCAAUUUGGUGGUGCCGCAGAAAUUCAUUCAGGACUUUAUUGCUGGUUUCAACGCGCGCAUUGAAAAGGGCCUUAUUGAGAAAGAGUACGUUAGCGAGGAGGAGCAAGAGAAGCUCGGAAAGAAGGAUGGAGCCAAGGAAGUUGAGAAGUUUAUUGAGAAGAACACCGUCGAGCUAGCGAAAGACAAAUGGUUGUGCCCGUUGUCGGGAAAGAAGUUCAAGGGUCCCGAAUUCAUUCGGAAACACUUGCAAUCGAAACACGAGGAGAAGCUCGAAGAAGUUCGAGUUGAAGCCGAUUACUUCAACAAUUACAUCGCCGACGCGCAAAGACCGAUGGAUGUUGAGCCGAGACUUGGUCCAGUUGCUCGAGACGUCGGCUCGAGAGACCGCGAAUACGGACGCGAUCGCGAGGAUGAUCGUCACAGAAACUCUACUGGUGGCUAUGGACGCGAUCGCGCACCGCCGCCGUCUCGCCACAGCGCCGGCGGUGGCGGAUUUGGCGGAGGUGGCCGUGGCGGACGAUAUUUUGACGAGCAACCGCGACGCGACAACCGACCGCAAGUGUCGUAUCGCGAUCUCGACGCGCCCGAAGAUAUUCCAUAA